AUGUGUGGAUACGCAAUGGCUCCAAUGGCAACUGAUCUCACGUGUCUUUUUGCUACAACGGCAGGAACGGGAUUAUGUAUAGCAUCAGCAAAUACAUUUAAUCAAUUAAUGGAAUCAUCUUAUGAUGCACAAAUGUCACGAACGAGGAACCGCGUACUUGUACGAAAAACAAUAACACCUUUACAUGCGACUUCAUUUGGUAUUAUAACAGGAAUAACAGGGGUUGGAAUAUUAUCUACAAUGGUGAAUCCUUUAACAGCAAUUUUAGGACUUUCUAAUAUCGUAUUAUAUACUUGUAUUUAUACUCCUAUGAAACGUAUUUCUAUUGUAAACACUUGGGUUGGAUCUGUUGUUGGCGCAAUCCCUCCAAUGAUGGGUUGGGCUGCUUGCACAAACAGCUUGGAUCUAGGUGCAUGGAUACUAGGUUCAAUUUUAUAUGCGUGGCAAUUUCCUCAUUUUAAUGCGCUUGCUUGGAAUAUGCGUAAUGAUUACGCUAAAGCUGGAUAUCGUAUGAUGGUUGUCACAAAUCCUUCUUUAAAUAGUCGUGUAUCUUUAAGAUAUGCUUUAUUGUUAUUUCCUAUAAGUUAUAUUAUUCCUUACAUUGGAAUGACAUCUUGGUGGUUCGCAUUAGAUUCUACUAUAAUUAAUUCUGGACUUUUAUGGGGUUCAUUUAGAUUUUGGAGAAAUUCUAAUGAUAAAACUGCGAGAGAUUUAUUUUUUGGUAGUCUUGUACAUUUACCUGUCAUUUUGGCUUUAUUGAUGGCUCAUAAAAAGAAUUGGAGAACAAUAGAUGAUCAAAAUGAUGAUUUGGAAAUCAAUUCAUUGGAAAUCGAUUCAGAAAUAUAG